AGUAGAAGACUAUUACUCACUACCACCUAAAAAUGGAGUUACAAAGAGUCCAAGCAAUUGCCUCCUUAUCUUUUUCAAAAGAUAGCAUUCCUUCUGAGUUCAUUAGACCUGAGAAAGAGCAGCCUGCAAUCACUACAUAUAAUGGGCCAGUGCCUGAAAUCCCCACCAUUGAUCUCAACGAUCCCUGCGAAGAGAACCUGGUCCAUUUAGUGGCCGAAGCUAGCCGAGAAACCAAAAGAUUAUUUUGCAGGGAGGUGAACGAGGAGUAUGCAAAAUACAUAAAAGAGGUGGUGGAUAAGUUGUUUAAAACUCUUUCACUAGGGUUAGGUAUUGAAGGUCAUGUGUUAAAAGAAGCAUCUGGCGGUGAAGAUAUUGAAUUUUUGCUUAAAAUAAAUUACUACCCACCAUGUCCUCGUCCCGAUCUUGCUCUUGGUGUUGUCCCUCACACCGAUCUUUCCACCGUCACCAUUCUUGUUCCUAAUGAAGUCCCUGGACUCCAGGUCUUCAAGGAUGACCGCUGGAUCGAUGCCAAGUACAUCCCCAAUGCUCUUAUUGUUCACAUCGGUGAUCAGAUUGAGAUUCUUAGCAAUGGAAAAUACAAGGCAGUGCUACACAGAACAACAGUGAACAAGGAGAAGACAAGGAUGUCAUGGCCAGUAUUUUUAGAGCCACCAGGAGAGUUUGUAAUUGCUCCACUUCCUCAACUUGUUGGAGAAGACGAUCCACCUAAAUAUAAGGCCAAGAAAUUUAAGGAUUAUAUUUAUUGCAAACUUAAUAAAAUUCCCCAGUAGUUUAUUUUUCUUAAUUAAUUAAGUUCAUCAAUAAGCCACAUAUUUAUUAUGUGCCUAGUAGCUAUGUCGUGUAUUAUGAUAUUCAAUUAAUUAUUAGUGUAUUAUGUUUCCGCUCAA